AUGAGCUGUGGAGAUACUAAACCGGCAUUAUCCAAAUCUUCCAGUUCUUCAUCGGUGCAAUCGACUACUGGUUUUAAUAAUGUUCCUGUACCCCUGCCAGAUUUGGUCCAAGGUGUGCUCUACCCACUAGGACACCAACUCAAGAAUCAAAUUCUUCUUCAUAGAGCUUUGAUCAGAUCGAUGUUGAAUCAGGAUGUGACUUCCAAACAACAGAGAAGUACUCCAUUGUUGAUAAUUGCUGGGCCAUCUUCCAUAUCAGAUGUUGAGGAAAUUAAGUCCUGUGCUGAAUGGAUCAAAUCCAAAGAUUCUUUCGUUCUGCUUCGAGUUAACAUGUCAGUCAUAAUACAGAACGAUUCAUAUCUGAGUUUUGAAAUCCUGAAAGGACUUCCUUAUUGUCGGUCUUUGCUUCGAGAUUUGGCACGGUUGUGUCCUAUUGUGGGUGAAUUAAGUGAUACUCUUACACCACAGUACUUCUCGGAUAUUUAUUCACUUGCAUUGAUUAGCUCAACUUAUGUUGAAUCCCAAUUACAUAGAGAAUCGGUUUCUGGAUGCUCCUAUUCAGUUGGAUUCGGUACUCAAGACUCAACACUUGCAUUGGACUUGACAACUUAUGAGAACAAAAUUUCAGCUGCAAUGGAUGCUAUGUACACGGCUAGUCAACCACAUCUGUUCUUAUCUAUGACCAAAAUCGGUCAAGUUGCCGUUACCAGCACACAGGGUAAUAACGAUACUUUCCUUCUUCUACAAUUAAACGCACUUGUUUCCAAAGAUGAUAUUUCAAAGUACAUUGCCAAAGUGUACUCACAUCCAAAUUAUCAGCAUUCAAGCCCUAAGAUUAUGCUUGAUGUAGGCAAGGUGAAUAAUUCCAAUUAUGAAGACAUCAGUUCCAAAUUGUUGACAAUUUUGAAUUCUGAAGUUAAUAAAAACGUGGUCGGAGUUAUGAUUGAUAGUGGAGAUAACUAUACUUCAAAAGUGAUGUCGGAGAAUUUAACAAAUGCAGAUAAAUUAAUUGAUUUACUUGAAUCCCUCUAA